UUGUCACAACUGUCAUCAGUCAUCACAAGAACAUCACAAGACAAAAACAAAACAAAACGAUGUUUAUCAAUAUUUCAGAAUGCCGGUCGAUAUAAAAGAGCUAACUGAAGGUUGGCUAGAGUUGGAAAGUGAUCCCGGCCUAUUCACUCUUCUUCUGGAAGAUUUCGGAGUGAAGGGUGUGCAAGUUGAAGAAAUAUAUGAUUUGAACAAACCUUUGGACAGCCCAGUAUAUGGUUUCAUUUUCUUGUUUCGAUGGGUAGAAGAACGUAGAUCUCGCAGAAAAGUUGUCGAACAACUAGAAACAUUUGUUAAGGAUGAAGAAGCCGUUAACAAUAUAUUUUUCGCUCAGCAAAUGGUUCCUAAUAGUUGUGCAACUCAUGCUCUUAUUUCUAUUCUACUGAAUUGUCCCACUAUUCAUUUGGGGGAAACAUUGAUGAGACUGAAAGCUCAUACACAUGGUAUGUCUCCGGAAAAUAAAGGUUGGGCUAUUGGAAAUACUCCUGAGCUGGCUUGUGCACAUAAUUCACAUGCGAUGCCUCAAGCUAAAAGAAAAUUGGAUAAAGGUUCUGGAGUAUCAACUGGUCGCUUCACAGGUGAAGCAUUCCAUUUUGUGAGUUUUGUACCAAUAGGUGGAAGAUUAUUUGAACUAGAUGGCUUGAAACCUUAUCCUAUUGACCAUGGUCCAUGGUCAGAAGGUAGUGAGUGGACGGAUAAGUUCAGGAGCGUUAUGACAGAUAGGCUAGGAAUAACAGCAGAUGAGUACAACGAAAUAAGAUUCAAUCUAAUGGCUGUUGUACCUGAUCAUCGUUUGGCGAUUCAACACAAAUUGAAAAUGUUAAGGACAAACAGACAAAUAGUACUAGAUGCUUUGCAGCAUUUACGUAAAGCCAAAGUUCCAGAAAGGAAAGAUGAAAGUGAUACAAAUACCACUGGUACUAUUAUGGCAGUUGAGGAUAGCAGUCAUCUUCAACUUUCUUCAGAAGGGCCACAAAUGGAAACGGCAGCCGAAAAAGUGACACUAUGUCCGUUAGAUUACUCAACACCAUUGACCAUUCAAACAUCUCCAGCACCGAGUACUUCUAGCACUGACACUUCCUCAGAAGUCAACUCGGCGUUCAAUUCUCCAACCCAAGCUUGGAAUUGGACCCAGGGUAGCCCAGUGUCGAGAGAUUUGAAAAGAUUUGUUGUGAUAAGGGUUGAAGGAGGAGAUAAAGAGCAAUCUGAAGUGAAAGUAGAGAAAAAUGGUCCAGUAGCUCGUGUUCGAACAUGUAAUGGUGAUACUGUUGUGGCUGAAAGAGAGAAAAAACAUCCCGAGUUGUUCGAACAUCAUACCUUUGCGCCACAAGAUCUUCUUGCACUGUUGAGAAACUUAGACCAUGAAAUAUGUCUAUGUGAAAUGAGUCUCAAAGAUGAAAAUGAUAAACAGAAUAAAUAUAGGAUUGAUGACUGCAGAAGGACGCACAAUUAUGAUGAAUUCAUUUGUACUUUUAUAUCGAUGUUAGCCGAGCAAGGAAUGCUGGCAGAUUUAGUAGAACAACAUUUACAAUUGCCUAAGAGACCUGGAAAUCUUCCAACUCCGAAAGCUGUGAAAAUAGUAAAAAAAGAUAGACAUGGUAAAAAGAAGAAAGGCAAGAGCAAAACUAGAAAAAAAAGAUAAUGUCUAGUGUAGGUGUCAAUACAAAUAUAUUCAGAUGAGAACAAUAUACACGUAAAAAUGAUAACUAUGAAAAAAAAAGAAUUGUCAGCAAUAUCAUCUAUUUAUUUUAAUCUUCAUAUUCCAAUGUUAUAUUGCGUUUCAGUGAAUAAAUGAAGUUUACUAUUCCACGAAAACUUAUUUUUCAUCUU